GUAAGCUGUAACAGCAACAUGUAACUGGAGAAAAUGAUGCGUUGAUCAUUUGCCAAAUUAGUAUUGCUUGAGAAAUUGCAGUAAACCUGCCGGUAUUGUACAUGUGCCAAUGGAUGUUAAUUGUAAUGUGUAUUAGAAUCAGAAUGCCAGAUUCACUUGUUUUUGGCUCUGCAGUGAACUGGAUGUGUGCAAUUUUUUAUCAACCUAUUCUGUCACUUUCAGCUUUAACCUUUCAUCUUGGAAGUUCUAAAGCAAGAAGAAGAAAAAAUGGUGCAUCCAGUAGCAGUCCGGAUUCGGAAAUAUCUGACAGUGGAGCCAGUAAUAUUCAUGUAUAUGACUGCCUCCUCUCUCUCUGCCUCUGUAACUCAGCAGCUCAUGUAUAACAAAGUUUGUGUGCGGGCCUUCAACGACACCGAACUUUGUGCCAAUAUCAGCGCGUAUCACACCAAGGAAAAAUUCGUACAAACGGAAACUGCGCAGUGGAUUGUGUACAUGAACAUUGCAAAUGUCGUGCCGUCAGUUCUGGUGUUACUCUUACUCGGGUCGUGGACAGAUAAAGCUGGUCGUAAGAGUGCGAUGAUGAUGCCAUUCGUAGGCGCGGUUAUGUCUGGAGGCAAUCUUAUCAUCCAGUCAAUGUACAUGUACAGCGCGGUACCGUACCUGUUCAUUGGUGCUGUAGUGAGCAGUCUGUGCGGGGGGUUUGGCUGUGUCAUUAUGACGACGUACAGCUACGUCACAGACAUUACGGUCGGUAGCUCGCGAACAUGGCGGAUUGGAAUAUUAGAUGCCAUGUCGUCCCUUGGCGCGGCGCUAGGGGGAGCUCUUAGUGGAGUCAUUGUGGACUAUGCGGGAUACAUGCCUGUCUUCGCAACAGCUGUUGCUCUGAACGCCUCGAUGAUACUUUAUAUAUUGCUGUGGCUAAAAGAGUCAGUUCAAAGGAAUGAGGGCCAUGUUCAAGAAUCAGGGCACCAGUCAGUAAAACCUAAGGCUAGUGGGCUACUCAACAUUGAGAACGUGAAGUCGUGGGGGAGAGUCAUCGUGAGGUCCAGAGAAGGGAACGGUCGACUGCACGUCAUUCUCCUGCUGGUGGCGUUUACUGUGACGAUUGGGUCUCUGUCAGGUGACGAAGACCUUGGCUUCUUGUUCAUCAAGCAUCAACUCGGAUCUAGUUGGACCAGUACUUUGUUUGGACUAUAUAUAGCUGUUAAAGGAAUCACGUUUGUAAGUAAAUAUAUCCAGGCCAGGGUCUGCCUAAACACCUCAAACGACCGCAAACAACUCUAAUAUGCAGUGUACGUGGGGUAACAGCCUAGUAUGAAAAUCGCGAGCAAGCCCAAACUAUCUACCAGUUAUUUGGAGUUAGUCAGCUGGUUUCCUGAAAAACCAUUUUAUUAUUAGUUGACAUUGAUAGAAUUGUGCUGUGCUAUAAUCUAUGAUCCACUUAUGAUUAAUUACAGCAUCUACAGUUUUAUCUUACUGUUGUCUGUGGACUGAAGAAGGUAUCAAAAACUUCUCAAUGCAGACUCCUAAAACGACACAGACGAUUCAACAGGGUGACCAGAAAUUGCUUGAAACCGGCGGA